AUGACUAGUCUUGCGAAAUUCUUUGAUGGAAAUGUACAUAAUAAAAUCAAUAAAAAAAUUGAUUUUAGUGAUCAAAAAUAUAAAGGAAAAAUAAUUGGCCUUUAUUUUAGUGCUCAUUGGUGUCCACCAUGUCGUGCAUUUACUCCAAAAUUAGUUGAAUUCUAUAAAACACAUAGAAAAGAUAAAAAUUUCGAAAUUAUUUAUAUAAGUUCUGAUCAAGAUGAACAAACAUUUGAUGAUUAUUAUAAAGAAAUGCCAUGGUUAAAAAUGGAUUUUAAAGAACGAAAAAAACGUGAAAAAUUAUUAAAAGUAUUUAAAGUUACUGGUAUUCCAGCAUUGAUUUUAUUUGAUGGAGAUACAGGAAAUAUUAUUUGUACUAAUGCAAUUGAACAAAUUCAAUAUCGAGAUAAAAAAGGAGAAAAUUUUCCAUGGAAAUCAUGUUAG